GGCAACAAUUGUGUGGAUAUAGUUUUCUGCUGUCUUUUGGCGGUGAUUUGUCAGAUUGAGAAUAAAAGAAGUUACAUUUAAGUAACCCUAUGGGUCGUAUUACAUUCAAUUUGUGAGAUAUAAUUCAACAUUAGCUUUGAGAUUGAGUUAUUAUUUUUGUUGGACCUCUUAGACUCUUGUGGAAGUAUCGUGCGGUUCAAGAGAAAAGCAAUGGCUUGAAAUCGAAUCAAGUGGAACAACCCUUUUCCACAUAAGGGUUUUCAGUGAUAUCAACAUUGUGUACAUUUCAUAAUAGAAGAUCCCGUCAAUUUAAACUUUAAAAUUUACUGGAAGUGUGAUUUUUAAUCUUGGGAGACAUAAACCCUUAAGAUUGUACCUACCACUAUUGGUAAUGUUUUUAACCUGUGUGUCAAUCUGGUGUUCUAUUGAGGUGGCAUAGCCUAUAUUAGAAUUGAUAGGCCUAAAAGUUAUCAGCAUGGAUAUUUUACCAUAGUUAGUGCAGUGUGUCUGCCAGCAGUAUGGAACCCAAUACUGUAGCUCCGGCUCAGCCAGAAACUGUAAAUAAUGUUACUCUUCCAGUAGUCAACAUUAAGACUGAGGUUAAUGCUGACGAAAGAGGAAGCACAAGUAAUGGUGCUAGUGCUAUAGAUGGCUCUGAAGAAGUAACUCCAAGCCCUACAACUGGAGAUGAACAGCCACUUAAUCCUUGGUCGACUGUUAAAUGUAUAUUUUGUCACGUUAAUCUUUCAGCCAGUGAAGAGCCUAAGCUCUUAGAAUGUCUUCAUGCAUCGUGUGGGAAUUGUAUCACAACUAAAGUCAAUGAACAUAUUCCAGGAGAUGCUGAACUUUCCGGUGAAGGCCCUUCCGUGGUGUGUCCGCACUGUCAUGUUCUAUGCAGAACUCCCAACAUAAUUGAAAAUCACUUUUUGGUGGAGAACCUGGCAGCCAUCAGUGAGGAGGGAGGUGAUUCGUCCAAGUUCACUGAGCUCAAGUGUGGAAGUUGUCCAGAAACUGCAGCCACCAGCUGGUGUGUGGAAUGUGCCGAGUUCAUUUGUGAUGGUUGUGUACAGGCUCACCAAAGGCUUAAGAUCACUAAAGAGCACACGAUUAAACCAAAAGAAGAAGGAGAGCCAGACAACCAUGCCCCUGCAACCGGGACUCAGCACAAGAGUCUGUUUUGCUCUGUUCAUCGUCAGGAGAGGUUAAGUUUAUUCUGUGAGACGUGUGAUCGGCUGACUUGCCGAGACUGUCAACUGUCAGACCAUCGAGACCACAAGUACAAGUUUAUCAAUGAGAUUGCCCAGGAAACACGGAACAUGAUAUCUGGGCUGUUAGCAGAAGUCAGCUACAAACGGGUUCUGCUGAGGAGUGCUAUGAAGGUGAUCGACGACAGACAAAAUCUUAUUGUGGAAAAGAAAAAACAGCUGGUUAAAGAGAUCACUCAAAUGGUUGUCAAGUUGACCAACACGAUCAACGCGAGAGGCAAACAGCUGGUGGUACGACUAAACGAGGUGUGUGACGGCAAACAGAAGACGCUGAAUGAGAAGAAGUUGGCCUUGGAACAGCUGUCUGCGCUCACUGACCACUGUAUAGACUUUGUAAACAUGGCUCUGAGCAGAGGCAGCGACAUGGCUCUGCUCUUCAGCAAAACGAACCUGACAACUCACCUACAAAGAAUAAAAAGUCGUAGAGCUGACAUUCCAAACCCAGAGAUUCCUGUUAGGAUAAACCUCGCCCUAGACAAGGUCCCUGACCUCAUCAAAGUGGCGUCCAACAUCGGGUCUAUCAUAGUGGAUGGGAGGAUGUACCCUCCGCCUACCAAUGGCAGUUCCAGUGGCCCCACAGCCCCGCCCCCCAACACCAGGCAGUACACCAGUCCCCCCGGCCCCCCGCAGUACCACAACAGAGUGUCUCCACUUCAAGGGCUGGCUCAGAUGCCUGGACAGCUACAGCAACGCAACAUGCAUCACACACGGUCACCCCACCAUCCCCAACAAGGGAUGAAGUCUCAAGGCAGUGGCACAGUACAUCAUACUCAGCAACAGGUGACAUCGUCAACACAUCCGUACAACAACAGUCAUCACGAGGCCAACCUGCGAGGACUGCUAGCUCAUCACUCCUACCAUCAGACAGUACAUCAUACUCAGCAACAGGUGACAUCGUCAACACAUCCGUACAACAACAGUCAUCACGAGGCCAACCUGCGAGGACUGCUAGCUCAUCACUCCUACCAUCAGAAUGGCUACAGUCCGCACACCAUCAGAGCGACGUCACCACAAGCAGCUAUAGCCGGGCCGUCAAUGCCGUUGUAUCGGAUGGCAGGCGGUGGUCAGCUCCCCCCUCCCCUGCCCCCUCACUCAGCCAAUCAACGCUACCUACACAACCAACACGCCUACGCACAACAACAAGUGGCUGCCGCACACCAGAACGGUCGCCAACACGCUGCGUACAGUCCAGCUGCUAGACAGCUGGUACAGAGGGUUCAGAGUCCACACUCUUCUAACCAACAGGGAGCACCAGCGACGGCGGGGCCUGUCAGCUGGCACAUACCCCAGCAGCCAGUGGUGGGGCAGUACGGGGGUGGGGGGAGCCCCUCCCCUGCUAAGGCUGCUCCUACCCACCCCUCCGUCAUAGAUGAGUCAUACAAGAUUACACUGAAGCAGCAGACGCCACAGAGUCCUGUGGACCAGAAGCCCGUUCUGCCUCAUCCACCAUUCGUCAGCAGCUCCGUGCCCAAGACACCCUCCCCUCACUUGCAGGCCAAGGCACAGGACGAUGCGGAGAAGAGUCUCGACAAGUUUUGUCAGGAGUCUGUGAAUGACUUGAUGAUGACGAUAGCCAAGUUGGAUAGCAAUGGCAUCUUGGUGAUCCCAGAGAAGGGAGCGGACUCUUUGGUAGAUAGCAGCACUGGUCCUCCAAUAGACCGACCUUCAACAUCUACAGCUGGCAAUCCCCAGGCCACGACGUCGUCUGCCGGAUUCCGUCAGCCAAACAUCCGAAGACCUAAAGGCAUACGUGCAAGGAGCCUGGACUCCCAGAAGGACGACCCCAACGAGGACUGGUGUGCUGUGUGUCUGGACGGAGGAGAGCCAGUGUUGUGUUGUGACAACUGUCCUAAAGUCUUUCAUCUCAAGUGUCACAUACCAGCUCUCAGUGCCUUCCCUGGAGAGUCUGAGACUUGGCAGUGUUUGCUGUGUACCAGCAUGAGCAACGUCACGCCUAACAUUCAGGUUGGAGAUAAGAGGCCGCACAGAGAUGGACUGGACACUCAUGAGCAGAUGUUGAUGCAGAGGAUACUGCUUGAGUUGUACUGUCAAUACGAGCCGAGCUUACACUUCAGAGAGGUCAUACCACCUGACAACCUAGCUUAUCAUGAGAAGAUAAAGCGACCGAUGUCGUUUGAUAUGAUAAGACAGAAGCUUGCUUCUACAGCGUCUGAUCGCUACCGCAACAUGAAGGAGGUGGUUGACGACAUCAGAUUAGUCUUCAAGAAUGCAUACACGUUCAAUCCGAAAGAGAGCCAGGUGUAUUCGGACGCAAAGAGCCUGGAAGAGUUCCUGGACAUGUUGUUGGAGAAGUGGGUGCCUGCGCUGGCCUACGAUGACACAGACACGGAGCCCUCCUUGCCCAAGCGGGUCAAGAGGGCAACACACGACUGACCAGAGCCUCUGACUCCGGUGGUCCAGUCACCGGGGCGACCCCCCUCCCCUCAUGCAGACCUGCUGCAGCUCUGAGCACCAGCCACCAGGUUUGCAAGUAUCUCUGAACUGGUUGUGAUUGUGUAAACGUUUUUGCACAAACUGGACGUUGUCGUGUUGCAGUAUCGUGAUGUGUGACUCGUCAGUGUUAUUUAUUUGUUUUUUCAUUAGGUAAAUUAUAUCAAUUGUAAGCUAGUGUUGUCAGAGAUUUGUUACGAUUAUUUAUAAGGGCUUUAAUUUUAACUAUUUGUAUAUAAAGAACAAUGAGAGAUUAUUUUCAAUAAAAGUGAUUUUUUAAAUGACAUUGUAUGUCAUGUAUAAACAAUGUAUGGAUUGUAUUCACUUCAAUUUUAGUUACAUUGUGGGCCAGGAGCCUACUAUUCUUUUUAUUUUUGAUUUUUAAUUGAGACUUAAUUUAAACCCAAGGGUAGAACAAUUUCUGAUUGCAUAGAAGGUAAUAAAAUAUCAAAUUAUUGCAAAAGAGUAUGUGCAUGCAUAAAUUUUAUUUUUUAAGUGAUAACUUAACUGCCAUUUGAAGAACUGUUCAAAUAAGAAACUAACAAAUAAGAUUUUUUUUAUAAUGCUUGGUCAUAAAUUAAUAGUUUGUUAAGUGAAUUCAUAGCAUGUCUGAGACAGUUUGAGUAUGCUAUAAUUGUUGAGAUUAUUGAACUGUGAAAUGACUUGUUAUUUAUUAUUUAUUCUCUAUGAUUAUCUCCUAAGACACUACCUCACUUUUUUUAUACAAUCUUGCGUUAUUGCACAGACAAAUCUGUUUGGAAUUGGAAGAUUUCGAACUCAAAAUUUUGAAGAUCAAACUCCUACGCUACAACGACUAAACCAGUCUUCUUGUACUUUUAUGUUUUUGUGAAUGCUUUUUAUAAUUUGUUUAAGCUUGUGUGAAGGCUAUUAAAUGUUGAAAUAAUUUAAGAUUUGACUGUGGCUGCAUAAUAUGACUAACUACUUUGUGUCUCCUACCGAUAUAUGUUGACAUGAUAACAUUAUUAUUUCAACCCACUUCAUACCAUUACCAUUACCAACUGGCGAUCGUUAACCAGAUGCCUGGAUUGAUCUUGUUAGAUAAAAUUUACUUUUUGAAAAUUGAAUAAACUAAUAAUUACAAUAUUUACACUCCAUGGUGGCCGGAUUCAUACUCAAAAGCUACCUACUAGCUUCCUAUUCAAUAAAAACAAUCCAUAAUAAUAUACAGACCAAAUCUUAUCAUGCAUUUUUAUAGUGAUGUAAAUGUAACAGUCACCUUACAUAGAUUGAAUUAUGUAGGAAUAACAGUUAUUUCAGCAACUUACAAUAUUUUAUACAAUAGUUUUGUGGAAUGUAGCUAAUUCAAGUGUAGGGGUUACUCUAAUGCAAUAUUUCUUCUUGGUAAAAUACACCAUUCCAAGAUGCAGUCUUUAAAAAAUUCUUCUUGAAAAUGGUUUGUCUAGAUAUCUUAUUUAUUCUGAACAUUGUUGCAAAAAGCUUACUGUUUUGAAUGAACAACAUGUUAAUAAUUUACUUAAGGUGACACAGUACUCCCUAUCCCGUCCAUGUUAAAAUGGCAGUUUUUAGGUACACAUAACUUUUACAAAUAUUAACCUAUCAACUUGAAAUUUUUUUACUACGUUUAAUGCAUUAUUACCAACAAUAAUAUGAAGUAAAAAAAGUUUUUGAGCAAAAUUAAAUUGUUAGUAUGAUUUUAAAAAGUGUAUAAAACAUUUUGUAAUUUUUUAACAUAAAAUAUUAUUUAUUUCAAAGGUGUUUGGUUGUCAUGGAAACUGAUUCGUAUUAUUGUUCCUUAUCAUAUGAGGAACACACACAACAAUUUUUAUUGAAAUUGGAUUAUAAUUGAGGAAGAAAAGUGUACCUGACUAGAAACCACUUGACUUUCGGAAAACGACAAAAGAACCCUCUGUCACGGGUAGUAGGACCUUUGGGCAUGCUAAAGUAAGAGUGUAUAAAAGUCGCUGUAUAACUUAAAAUAAUUUUUUCUUCCAUAAUAUUUGGUAUGCACGUGUUCAGGAAAGUGUGUUCUACAAAACUAAAUAAUAAAAAGUGUUUACAAAUUUGUAAUAUUUGACAGCGUACCCUCUGCGUCAUGAUUAGUAGUAGGACCUUGGGAAUGCUAAAUUAGGCUGCAAGAGCUAAUAAAAGUAACUGAAAAUUUUAAAAAUAUUUUUUUUCUUCCUUAAUAUUUAUUAUCUAAGUGUUCAGAAAAGUCUGUUCUACAAAACUAAAAAAAAAAACUUAAAAGAUUUCAUAUUUGAUUACUGUGUUUACUAUGUUAAGUUAUUAUUAAUGUUACAUUAAUUUACAUAGGUUACUUCUUUUGAUAUUUGAACAUGAGAGAAGUUUUAACAAAUUAAGUAAAAGCAUUUGAAAUAACAAAUUGAACGGAUAAUGUGAUUUUUUUGGUUUUCAAAAUCUGUUAUUUUUUCAUGCUGAAAUACAUGCUCAUCCAGUUAAGAUUUUUUUGACACUAGCCCUUCAUUUUUAUACAGACAAAGGUUACAAAAACGUUGAUUUACUUAAAGUACAAAAAAAUCAUAUUAUUGUGUUAGCUGUAGGCCUAACUGUAACCGUUGAAGUUCGAUACUGAAGUAAUAUAAAAGCUAAGAUCACAUAGUUAAAUGAGCCCGUCACUCUUAAAGAUAACUUAAACACUUAAUUACUCAGCGAUGGAUGGUCUUUGUGUACAAAUUUUCGGAAAGUAAAUGAAAGAUACGUCAUACCACUUUUUUCCUUUUUAGCGAAUUUCCUUAUAGGGAAGUAGCGAUUACCGUAGGUCUCAUGGUAAGACCUAGGCCCGGGACCGAUUUACUUUUUCAUUUUGAUGUCCCCAGAGGCCAAAAACACCAUUCGUUCAAAUUUUUAUAUAUAUGUGUGUCCAUCCCCAUAACUUGAGUAAUUUUUGUCCGAUUUUGAUAAGAUUUGGUUUGAAGGUGUAAGGCAGGAUAAACUUGAAUGAGUUCGCAAACCAGCAUGAUCGGACUAUGGGAACAGGGGUUUAUGGCCUGGGGUUUUAUGGGAUAAAAAUAGGGUUUUCCCAUUUUUGACCCUAAAAACGCAACAUUUCACAAUUUCUUUCUAAACCAUUUUGUAGAGCUUAAAAAAACAAAUAAUUUAGUAUAUUGAAGUGUUAUUAUGCGCCUAAUUGUUACGGAGAAAAUUCAAAAAAAUGUUAAUUUUAAAUUCCCAUGUUAUUCUUAUGGAGAAUAAGUCUACUGUUGUAGUUUGCUUGUUUAUGAACUUACUUUGAUCAAAUUUGGAAAAUACAUUAAUUUCUUACUAAACUACAGUACCUUUUAACAUUUUACAUUAAAAAAACGUUUACCCUCCCUGUUGCAGCAAACCUAAGUAGGCCUACUCAAUAAAAUAAUUCUGUUUAAAUAGGGAAUAAAGUGAUAUUUUUAAGGAGACAUUUUAGAGUAAAUCCAAUCAGGCAAAUGGAAAUUCGCUAAGUCUGCAGGUUUGUUGGGGGUAUUUUCUUUUUUUGUUGUCCUAGGACGCAAGGCACGAGCCUGGGGUUGUUUUUCACAUUACUUCAGGCUAGACCUAGGGGUUGUGGCAUUAUCACUUAGAUAAAAUCCAUUGGUGACUUGGCGGGGAUUGAACCCGGGACCUCACGGACUGAAGUCCCGCGCUCUAACCACUACACCAGCUCGCUCCCCAGUCUUAUUACACUUAAAGCAUAUAUUUACACUGAUACUGUUACUCAAAGACGGUAAAUAUACAAAAAAGAUCGUAAGUGGUGGACACUCCAAUCAUCAGACCCAAUAGGCGAAUGACAAGAAUCUUAUAUCUUGAAUGGUGUUAAUACUUAUGCUAUUAACACUAAUACCGAAACCCCGGUCUGACAGGCCCACGGGAAUUUUCAAAAACGCAUGUUGGCAACACUGUUUACUUGGUAGAUUCCAUUCCCCCAAUACCUUCCCCUCUUUUCCUCCCCUACCUAUUGAUAUAUCAUUUGUUCAUUUUGCAUGGGUGCCGUGACCUUGACAGGUCGUCUGUUCAUAACAUGUCCGUCUCAGAAGCCCAGCGUUAGUGUAUUUUAAAGCGGGGUCUCACAGACCGAGGGUUUCGGUUUGUGUGUUUCUAAGCGGGGUCAUUAUUUUUCAAAUGGGGUCUCACAGACCGGGGGUUUCGGUUAACGUCAGCCUAGGUGGGGUUUCGGUUCUUAGUGUUAAUUAUGUGCUAUAAUUAUGCUACAAAUUUUUAGCAGAAUAUUACCUGUGCGGCUUUAAACAAUAUGGCCAGCCACUUCUUUAGCCAGAAGUAUUUAUUUAAAGUCCAAUACGUUUCAAAGAACAACUGCGCUCUAUAUUCUCUGUCCUAUUCGAACACUGUAAUAAGUGCUAUGGAGAUAAAAUGCCAUUUUUACACAAGUUGCUCUUUCAGUAGAAUCGGUAGUUUUACUGCAGCAUACUCAAUUCAAUGAAGUGGUUUUUAUUCUGAAUUGGCAAAAGCCAAGAAAAAGUGAUACAGUAGAUUCAUAUUUUGAACUCUGAUAUUUGUGAAGUUUAUUUGUAAGCGGUUUUGAAUUCUAUGUUUUUCUAUAUUUUUUCUGUUUUUGAUUGGUUUUUUUUUUGUUAUUGUUAUUUGGCCCAAACUUUCAAUGAAAUAGUUGAUGAGGAUUUAAUAUGGUUAUCUAUGUUUUGUAUUUUUGUAAUAAAAUGUACAUAAUUGUACGGUUAUGAGUCAAAUGUCAUUUAUUGCAUGGAUACCACUAAAAAAGAUCAAAAUCGUGUUCAUUUGAACUAUUAAUAAUUUUUUUGCAAUGUUUUGUACCAGUUUGUUAAUUUUGCGCAGUUUAGAGUAGUUGAUUAAUGGUUUAAAGUUAAAGUUAACUUUACAUGAAUGGUUUGUGGUAGUAUAGCAUAGAGUGUGCGAGUUUGAGUUUAGCAUCAUAAAAAGAAACAAGUAUGAGAGUUGCUACUUGCUACGGUUGUUUUGUUUUACAUAUCAUUCAAAUAAACAUGUGAACUGUAGCCUACAUCAAACGUGUAUAUUCUUAUUUAUUUUUUCAACAUAGUUUAAGCUAUAGGUAGCAAACACACAAUUUAGCUUAGAUAUUGUUAAAGGGGUUUUUGUUACAUUUUCAGUUGACUAUUUUCACAUACAUUUAGAGAUAAAGAGAUGGAGGUGGCUGUAUUUCCUGUGUACAUUUUAGGUAUAAGGUAUCAAAUUUUAUAAUAAAGGUAAUGGAAAAUCCAAUAAUAAAUGUUUUAAUUUUACUGCAAAAGUCCUUUUUAAUAAUCUGUGUCCAAUAUUUGUUUUUCACUUGUUAUGGAUAUGAAAAAUGUAAUAAACAAAAAUAAGAACAAUAUAAUUUAUCUGGAAAUGUAAUAAUUAAACUUGGUAUAAUUAUUUCAGAUGUUUAACUAACAAAAAUAUGUUUCUAAAGCAUCCACUAAUUCAUUCUCAUGGGCAUAUGAAAUUAAAAUUAAAUAUAAAUAAAAUGACAUUAUUAAGGAUAGAUAACAUCAAAGUAAUAUAGGAAACUGUCAAAACAGCCCAAGUUUAAAUUCUUUUUUGAGUACUAAAUGUCACUAUUACAUAUUGUUUGUAAAAAAUCAUAAACACGACAUAAAAAAAAUUGAUUUAGAUUCAAACGUAAGCUGAAAAAUCUGUGCAAAUUUUCAAAAUAUUUAAACAUUUCCUGUCCGUUUUCUUAUUGGAAAUGGAUAAAAAUAUUAGUUAUUGGAUUGACUUAUUUAGAAAAUAAGAAUCAUUUGAAAAUAUUGUAAAAAGUCUUGACUACAUUUUUACAUGUUCAUAGGUGUUUGAAUGUAAUACUUUAUUGUGCAAUCUACCCUGAAAUGUUACAUUAUACUACCUAAGCUUUCAUAUUUUUACUGUAAUGAAAACUCAAUGAGUUGCUAUCCUACUGCCUUCUUGGUUUACUUUGUGAUAAACUUUCCGGACUUGUCAUAGUUAUUAAACUAAGUGUUUGUAAAAUAACAGUCGUGUUAUGUUUAAAGCUAUUUACAUUUGUAGAGGGACUUUAUUUGUAGGUUAUUUGAAUAAAUGCAGAUGAAUUACCAAAACUAUUAAAGAAAAUAAUAGUAAA